UUGUAUUUGUAGCGCUUAUUACAAAAUAUUAAGAAAUAAACAAGAUAUGUUUUUAUGAAAACGCUUUAUGUAUAUGUAAAUAUAAUGUUUUAUAUACUUUACAAUAAGUAAAGGUAUGUUAUAAAAUGGUUGAAGGCAAGUUACAGUUAUGAACUCAGCCGCAAAAAUAAUUUCUUCUGCAAAUUGUUUAGAAGGCGCUAAUUGGGAAAUUUAUUCAGACGAUGAUUUAGGUGUUGAGAGUUUAUUCGAAGAGAUUGAUAAGAAAGAUUUGGGACCAGUAAAUGAAAAUUGGUAUGUUGAUUCAAAGAAUGAAAUAGAUGAUUUCCAAACUUGUAAAGAUGUAGAAAAUAAAGACGUUAAUUUGACAAACAACAGCAAUACAAAUUUGAAAAAUUUUAAUGAUUGGAAAGUUACCACUAACUGUAAAUUGGAAUAUUGUGAUAUUGAAAAUAAUACUGUUAUUCCAAUAACUGAAUUAUCUUCAAAUAAAUACUUAACAGAAAUUACUGACAAACUUCCCUUAAUUAAACCUGAAAAUGCAAAUAUUGAAAAGAAUGAUACUUAUUUGUCAGAUCCAGUAAACAAACAUAGUUUGGAAGAUGUUGAUAACAGCUUUGCUGGACAGUUAAAAAAUGAUUCUUUAAUCAAUAGUCCCAUUACUUUAAGGUAUAUUGAUAAAUCUUUGAAAAAAUCUGAUCAAAAGAACAAUUCUUUAUUGAUAUCAAAUAAUAAUUUUCAAGAAGGAAAUAUUUCACCACAUGUUUCUAGUCCAUUCUUCUUAUGGAGCCCUAUUACACAAGAGCAAAAACAAAUAAAUGAUAAAUUUGUUGUUCCUGUCUUUCAUACUCCAUUAAGUUGUUUUAAAACUAGUACACCAAUUAAGAUUACUGAAAGUUUGGGAAUUCAGUCUUGUAGAGAUAUGUCAUGGAAUUCAGCAAUGGAAACUCCUGUCACAAUAAAAGGUAUUAGAAAUCUGGAACUUUUAUUUUUUCAAUAUUAACAACUUUUAAUUACAUAUAAUCAAUAUAAUACUAAUUAAUUGAAAUUUUUUCAUAACUUUUAUCAUGCAGUUCUUUUAAUCUGGUAAAUCUUUUUUCUUCAUUCUUGGAGAACAUAAUAAUUUUGAUGAAAAGCUAUUUUUUAAAAGCAAAACAAACACUGGAUUACAUCAGGCUAUUUUUCUAUGAUUAUAUUUAAUUAAUUACUAAAUAAUUUGUCACUAGAGGAGGUGUUAGGCACCAUCUCUAAUUAAAUUUAAUAAUUAUAAUUAAAUUAAUAUUUAUUAUAUAACUUAGAAUAUUCUGGAAGAAAAGAAUCAGCCUGGAGUGGGACUCAAACUUGCAACUCUUACUGUGCAGAUUUGCUUCUAGCUACACUACCCAAGCCUCCAGUUCAAUCUUCUUUUCCAGACAUAUUUAAAUAUGAUAUAACCAUCCAUGGUUUAUCAUAUUUAAAUAUGGGUAGGAGUUUGUAGGAUGAGGGCACUGAAGGCAUCCUUAUGUGAUAUUCUGCUCUCCCUCCAUUUUUUGUAUUGUUUAAAUCAGUAUUGUUCUCCUCCUAACCCUAAUAAUUCUACAGAAAAAAAAGGAUAGUCUACAAUCAACGAUCAAAACGCUUUCUUCGGGUCAAAUGUCACAGUCUAUACCAACAAAUUAGAUCGAUGAUAAAAUCAACAAGGCAAGAACAGACAUUUAAAAGAAACUAAUAAGCGGCGUUUCUCACCCCUCCUUUAGCUGCACAUGGCAUGUGUCUGUGGUCACCUGCACAAUGACCAAAACAACAUGAUAAUAAUUGCCUCUCUCGUCGACUAACACAAUAUUUAAUAUAAACAAUCUAGAGAUUUGUCAAAUCUGAGAAGAUAUUGUCAAAAUAUAUAAUAAUUAAUGG